AUGUGUUUCAGCAAGGGCCGUUUCUGCAAACGGCACACAUCCAAUCGUACCCAAAAUCCUGAUGUUGGCGAGUGGCUGAAGCCUAUCAAAUCUGACAAGCAUGGCACCGGUCCCCUUCCACCAACUCUCCCUGUGCUCUCUGUUACGAAGCCAAAGUCUAUUGUCAUGAAAGAAUCCCUAGGAGCCACCUCACCGACUAUCGCUAUCGAAAGCCCAGAUAAUUUGCGUAUAGAACUCAAUGCUAAUGGCGUUAAGGACUCGCUCAGCACCGCGCUUGUGGAUACACCUGUUGGGGAGGUUGGUAGAAAGGCCGAAAAAGUCAAGAGUAUUAUUUGCGAGGUUCAGAAGAGUAAGGAUGGGCAAGACGAGGAAUCUGUUGAUGCCCACCUUGUAAACUUAGAUGUUUCUGCGGAGAGCGCUACGGCGAAUGUUGCCGAGAAGUCUAUCGUCGAGGCCGCCGAGGAAACCGCCGAUCCUGAGGAAAUAGCCACUAGAAACUUUGACGCUACUAGGUCGGACGACUUGACUACUCAUGUUGCGAGUGGUGUAGGUCAAGAGAACGAAGAAGGAAAAGCUGAAAGUGAAACUUUUUCCUGUUUUAACGGUGACUUUACAAGAGACGAUGGCAAUGAGGAUAGUAGCAAGAGUAAUCCAGCUACUCCAGAGAUCUCUGAUCAAUGGGUCGAGUGUGCCAAAGAAGUUGAAGGCACCGAAGCUGAACGAGCUGCUGCUGAAGCCACCGAAACGGGGGCUGCCAAGGUCUCUCUCAAGGAAGUGGAUAUCACCUCACUUGACCCGGGCCCGGUUUUCGAUUUCUCUGAUAUAGGCGAGGUGGAGAUGCCUGACUCUGCAUUAUUUCACGACAUGUAUGCAGACUCUAUCUGGAGCGGGAGCGUUGUGACCAGAAAUCCAGGUAUUCUGCUUGCACGCUCUAGGGAUUAUCGGAGAUAUGGUUUGGAGCCUCCAGGGGAUUGUAUCAAGGAUGAAGAGGAUACACCUGAGCUCACUUAUACUGUAGAUGGUGUGCCAAGAGCCCCGGGACGUUUUGGGCGCUAUAUUAGGCUGAGGGAAUGGAAAACUCACAAUGAUUCUCAGAGCUAUUAUCCAACCCUACAAAGUACACCAAGUUAUGAUAGUAGGGGAAAGAAACUUGAUCGCAGUGGAGGUGGGCGCUACUAGGAGAAUGGGCCCGGAAAGGAACAUCGCAUGCCAGCUACUUUGACACCAAAGAGUCGUUGUUAUUCGAGUAACAACUCUAUACCUUCCACGAACCCGUAUUACAGUAGCUCAAGUGAUAGGUAUUGUACACCUCGGGGCUGUCGACUGGGAAGCUCUGUAUCUUUGACACCAGCCAAAUUGGGUGGAAAUCACGUUCCCAUCAGCAAUCCUCCAAGGGCUUUUAGUCUUAAGCGAUGAUUUCCCGCGAUUAGUAUUAUUCUUGGAGCAUAGGAUGGCAUGGUCGUUUUAAGUUAGGUUUUUUUUUUUUCGCUCAAUGUCCUUGAGCUUGAUGUUUUCUGGAACAAAGCUUGUGUUUGUUAUGAUAUGCACCUGUACGAUUACUUCCUUUCUGCCAAAUAUAAAAUGUGUAACCACAA